AUGGCUUCCCGAUUUCCCCGACAGCGUGAUCCUCGCUCCUCCUCAUCUCUCUUCGACGCGUACGGUGGCAACUCUCGCCCGGCUAGCAAAUCGCCUGCGCCUGCCGGCGGGUACGGAUACCCCGGUCCGGCGGGUAAUGGCUAUGCAAAUGGCAGUCCGAAUGACGCGGGAUUCCGAAGUGCAACGCCAAACAAGAAAGGACACUACUCUGACGCAGUUCUCUCGUCUCUCGAAUCACAAAAUGAUAACGAAGUGGAGGGGAUCACCGCCAAGGUCAAGAUGUUGAAGGACAUCACUCUUGCCAUCGGCGACGAAAUCCGCGAUACCUCGAACCUCGCAGACCUCAACGACUCGUUCGAUAGCACCCGAGUUCGGCUUCGUGGAAACAUGACUCGCAUGCUUCGUAUGGCUGAGCGCACCGGCGUCGGUUGGCGGGUGUGGCUGGGUUUCUUCAUCGCCGUCUUCCUCUUGUUUUUUUAUGUAUGGCUCUUUUGA